AUCCAGCUUAACAUCGACAGCUAUAAAUCGAUUAGUGGAACUGGGAAGCUAAUCGUGACCAAGUACGGCCGGGUAGAUUAUCUGAAAAACAAUUUCAGUGAGUGGUCUCUGAUCUUCCCCGGCCACCGGAAAGCGCUGACCGCAAUGAAUCAAGGCUCCACUCUCAACAUCUACCUUGAGAAGAGCAUGACCUACCGCCAGGCUAUGAACAAAUUAUGGGGUAGCGAUGUGACAGGAACACAUCUCAUGGCCAUGACAUUUCUCCAGCUCUUGCUCAAGCCACAGGACCCAAGGGUGCUGUUUACCACCGGCGAGCUUACCUCCCUGGAGGAGGCUCUGAACUUUGAGGGUCCCAAAAUCUUCCCUCUGGGGUCGGGGAUUUCUUAGAGGCAGCACUUUGUUGGUUAUCGGUCCGCAAAGACGGGGCUGAAUAUGUUGAUGGUGAAUUGAGAGAGGAAAUUGGGAGAACGGGGCGUUAAAGCGUGGGCUGUUGCGCCGGGAGUACAGUCUACCACCUCGAUAGAUAAUAAUAUGGCGCAGGAUAUGAGUCUUGGGGGUGAUAUUGUCCGGCGGGUUGUUGAGGGCGAGCGGGGUGUGGAUCUUGGUAGUGUGGUGUACAGGAUUGAAUCACCGGUAUAACCGUGGUGAGCAGCUGCUUAAAUCUCGAGAUAGCACCAUCCCUAGAAUAGUUGAUAUACACUAAAGAUGCGAUAACGGCGUACACCAUUCC